CUUGACAACUGUUUGACACUGUUUCCAACAGCUCUGAUGUUUACCUGUUAAACAAAUUUAUUCAAAAUGACUAAAACAGGAUUUAAAAGAAUUACAUUAUCAACAUGAAUGAACAUACGAAAGCGCUCUUUAUUGGGGCGUUUGAAUUGGAAGACACUCGGGCAACGAGAGCUUCUGUGCUUCCAUGGGAAAAGGCAGAAAAAAAGCGCAUAUCUUCUGGUCACUCCACGCAAAUAGAAGGAAAAGAGUCGUGCUUCAAUUCUCAGAAGUCCACCAUUUCCGGUUCGGACUUGAAGACAGCAGUUCCGCAUUGGUUGCGCGAUACGCAGCAAAAAUCUCACAUUUUUGACAAAUCACAAGGGGCGUUGGACUUGGAAGACACUCGGAAAAUAAAAACUUCGGUGCUUCCAUGGGAAGAGACAAAUACAGAACACCUUUCUUCUGGUCGCGCCGUGCAGAUAAGCAUCAUGGAAGAUGGCAAAGAGUCGCGCUUCGAUGCCCAAAAGUCCACCGCUUCCGGUUUGGACUCAAAGACAGGAGUACCGAAUUGGCUGCGCGACACGCAGCGCAAAGAUUCUUCCGCUUUUAAAAGGUUUCACGGGGCGUCUGAAUUAGAAUACAAUGGGACACCGGUGCUUCCAUGGGAAAUGACAAAUACAGAACGCAUAUCUUCUGGUCGCUCCAAGCAGAAAAGCCUCAUGGAACAAGAACACAAGUCAGACUUAAAUUCCCAGAAAUCUAGCAUUUACGGUUUAGAAUCAAAGACCGAUGUCCCGGAAAGGUUGCGUGACACGCAGCGAAAAGAUUCCUCCAAUUUUAACAAGUCUCACGGGGCGUUUAAACUGGAAGAAAAUCGAACAACAAGAUCCUCGGUCCUUCCUUGGGAAAUGACUGAUACAGAGGGCGUAUCUUCUUUUCGUUCCAUGCAGAAAAGCCUCGUGGGAGAAGGCCACGAGUCGCGCUUAAAUUCACAGAAGUCUGCCAUUUCCGGAUUGGAACCAGAGACCGAUGUUCCGGAAUGGUUGCGCGACACGCAGCGAAAAGAAUCUUCCGUUAAUAACAAGUCUCACGGUUUUCAACGCAAGUCACAGGAUAAGGCACUGGCUAGGGAGGACUUAGGUGACAUGAGUUGGCUGGAAACGGCUGCAAAACCGCAGAGGUCGCCGGUCGACGAAAGGGUUGUCUUAAGGGCGUUUGAAUUGGAUGACACUCGGACAAAAAGAGCCUCGGUGCUUCCAUGGGAAAAAGCAGAUACAGAGCGCGUAUCUUCUGGUCGCUCAACGAACAGAAGCCUCAUGAGUGAAGGCCAAGAGGCGCGAUUCAAUUCCCAGAAGUCCACUAUUUCCGGUUUGGAACCGAAUGCUGGAGUCCCGGAUUGGCUUGGUGACACGCAGCAAAAAGAUUUUUCCGUUUCUAACAAGUCUCUCGGUACUAGCGCAUCUCCUGGCGAACAAAACUGGAUACAGAAGGCAAGAGAGUCUCCAAAUACCGUCCUGUGUUCGACAAUAACAAAAAAUCACGUCAUCUCUGACGACAUUGAUUGGCUGAUGAAAGCUCGUGCAUCCCUGAAUGAACCAGCAUCACCUGCGACAGCUCGCUCUUGCAGAAGCGAGACACAAUCACCAGAUUGGUUACAAUACCCCAAGGCACCACUCAGUCCCCCGCGAUCACCAACCCCAUUAAGAAAAAUGCUUGAUGAUGAUUAUGAACUGGCCGAUGACUUCGAAGAAAUCAUGACGCAGAUGAGAAAAGAUUUUGAGGAAACACAUUCCCCUGGACUGGCAAUUGUUCUGCAAAACAUCAAAAAAGAUAUGCACAGUCAUGGAGACACUGUUGCAAAUGAUGAGCAAUUGCGGAAGGAUGCAAUUCAAACCAACUAUGUUAUUACGCAACGGAAGGAUGACGAUAAAAGUAAUCAACCAAUGACUACGUUGAAUGAAAGUUACAAAUAUUACUUCGACAAAAAGCACGAACCUUAUGAGGCUGGUCAAACGGUAAGUGAUGCACACACGGAAUCAUCUAUAUCUCUUAAACAUGAUGGGUCCGAUGAUGAUUUUUGGGGUUCGAAGUCCGAAAGUAAAAGUAGAGCAUGCGAUAAUCAUGCUCAUGCUAUUGUAGAAACAAAAGACAAACAAGAAAGCCACUCGGAAAAUGAUAAUGCCGAAUCAUACAGUCUUCGACUACCGAAUUCUUCUGAAGAUAGUGACCAAGAAGGUAAAAUUGUAACAAGUGUAACACUAAAUGACCUCGAAACACUUCCAGAUCAGUGCUCUAAAACUAUGAAAAUUGAAACUAACGUUUCAGCGGGAUCUGCCGAUCUCCCGAAUCAUGUACAAUGCCCAAUUGGAAAUGACACGUUUACAUGCUUAACUUUGGGUUUGGGUGUUCCAGUGUCACCGAACCUCAAUGUUCCAAAGAUUACGGUAAUCGGCGCUUGUAACAAAGAAACAAAGUUGGCAAUGGUGCAGGAUCAAAGAUUACAAUAUAGCAGAGACGAAAUGGAUUCUGAAACGACAUCUGAAACGCGCGAUGCUAAUGACGAUUUCCAACCAAAAGGAAAUAGCACAGAUUAUUGUCAUUGCCUUGAUGUAAACAGCAGAUACCGCGUCGAAUUUUCAAAGUUUAAGAAUGCUGACAAUUGCACGAACGACGACUGUGCUACUCUGCCCCCAAAAUACAAUUUGAAAGAUAAAGAUAACGCAAAUAAAACACGGCUGGCCCAAAUUGAAAACGAGGUUAGGUUUCUAAAGCAAACAAGUAUCAUUCAAUCCCAAGAAGUGCGAAUCUUGGCUCUUGAAAGGAUACUACAAGAACAUGAAAAGAAAUUAAAUACUAAAAAACAUGAGUUUCAACGAAUAACUUUCGCUACGCAUAACAUGGAAUCGUUUGAAAUUGAUAAUCAGAUCGGGCAAAAUGCGACAGUUUUAAAUAGAAUAGAAUAUGCAAAUAAACCGAACAUAGUUUCUGAAUCUGACGAAACCAUACAUCAAUCGGCACAAAAUGAAAUUGAUGCGACUAAAAGCACAAAACCCCAAAUAAUGAAGCAGAAAACAUACGCAGCUCUGUCGCAAACGCUUGCUGAUCAAUCAAUGAAUACGGAUGUCAGCGGCACAAAAUAUUAUCGUGACCAAAACCUGCAAUCGAAAUGCAAAAGAUGUCUUGAAUAUGUUUCUGAUACUUUAAAUGAGCCUCGUUCACUGCCUACACGUUCAACGAUUGAUUUCAAAGGCAGAAGGAAUGAGGAUGUAUAUUUGGCCGACACGAAUACACAGCAAGAUGUCAACAGCAGUUCUACAAAGAAACAACGCAGGGAUAAUACAAAAACUCAUAACAAAAGGCACCGAGAAAUGCAUAGGCAAGAGAAUCAACCAGUGAAAGAGUGUCACGACACGAGUUCAUUCUCCGAUUUAGGUCAAAUAAAGGAUAGCGAUUAUCUGCAGGCAUCAGUAGAACCAAGAAAACACGGCUCUUACCCGGAUGAGUUGGAACCUUCGAUCAACGUUCAAAAUAACAAGAAUGUGAUAAACAUAUUUUGUUUUCCAAGAAAACAAUGUAACUCUGGCAAGAAACAUGAGAAUGAGGAUUUGUUUAGCAAAAACAAAAAAUCAGAAAAGAAAAAAUCACGUUUGAUCAACACAGCAAUGAAUUUCGUAGCCAAUUUAAAAUCCAGGUUAUUCAGCUGUAGACAAGACGUUGGUGUAUCAAAUGACGAAGUCACCAACAAUGAACGCUUAUUGAAGAUUGUUAGCAGCCACGAUUCACCAACACCAUCCAUUAUUGUGAUUGAAAAAAAAAACACCAGAGCAGAGGAAAGGAUAUUCUCAAAGACCAAUGGUAUAUUACCAGCAAGCCUAUCCACAAGGUGGUAGAACAACGAACACGGGUUGUGCUAGCAGGAAUUUAACAACGGCUUACGACAAGAAUAUCAUACACCUUCCUUGUGUACAAAAUGUUCACACAAAACUUUCCGAUAGUAGCUCAGGCGACGCUGAACCGGAUUCUAAGGUUUCAAAUCCCUUGAAGAAAAUCUUUCAAUCAUUAUUUAAAAGCGAUGUUUAAUUUUGCAAAAUAAAUCUUU